AUGUCCAAGUACGGCACCAUCCCCACCUCCUCCUCCGCAGGCGGCGGGGCGCCCCUCGGCGGCGCCUCCCCGCUCGACUUCAUCUCCCGGGCCAAGGCCCGGGGCGCCUCGGCGCUGGCGACGCGCCGGCCCUGGCGCGAGCUCGCGGACGUCCACGCCGUCGGCCUGCCCCCGAGCCUCGGCGACGCGUACCUCCGCGUGCGCGCCAACCUCGCCCACUUCGCCAUGAACUACGCCAUCGUCGUCCUCGUCGUCGUCUUCCUCUCCCUCCUCUGGCACCCCGUCUCCCUCAUCGUCUUCCUCGUCUGCAUGCUCGCCUGGCUCGUCCUCUUCUUCCUCCGCGACGAGCCCCUCGUCCUCUUCGGCCGCGUCGUCGCCGACGGCUACGUCCUCGCCGUGCUCGCCGUCGUCACGCUCGGCCUCCUCCUCCUCACAGACGCCACCGCCAACAUCCUCUCCUCACUGAGCGUCGGCCUCGUCCUCGUCCUCCUGCACGCCGCGCUGCACAAGGCGGAGGACAACGCCACCGACGAGGUCGACCGCUGGUACGCGCCGGUGUCACAGCAGCCCUCGCACUAG